AUGCGAUUUAACGUUGCUGUUUCGUUUCUCGCGCUCCUCGUCACUCUUUUUAGCACAGUCUGCUAUUUGCCGGUAGCCCAAAGAGAUCUAGAAAUCAAUAGAAUCGAUGUAGGAUCCGGAGCGCCAGACCUCAUCGAGAUCGAUUGUCCCAUGAUCAAUGAUCUGCAGCCAACAACUCAGCCUGUUUGCAUCGAGAAACUCUACGCUGCAGCCAUGACGUCGCCCAAAAUGUGGGCAGGAUCACACGACCAGCACCUGUUUGCCUUCAGCUACAAGACCGACCGUCCCUAUUUCAAUACCCUAGAAUGGCUGUUGCCGCAAAGCAAAGGUCACUACAAUCUUAUUGCGCAGAAGGGUGAUAUCUGGGAGCUAAGCGUAACUAAGAAAGAAAAAAAUGAAGUAGUAAGGCUUUGUAUCGAUCCAUGCGACGCGAGAAACAUGUCCUACCGUGAAAACUCAAACGACGGUUGGAAUAUUGAUACAGCGUUCACUGUUGCUGCGUUCAGCGACGCGCGCUACCGCCUCCUCAGUGCAGACGUCAACGUGAGACAAUGGGUGGAUGGAGAUCGAGGUGAACGGUCCAAGCAGUUUGAUCUCAACAGAAAUGCUGUCGAAACCUGUGAAAGCGCUGCAAGCCAGUGUGUUGACAAACUCUAUGUUUUGUCUGUUAUUUCCGGAAAACAGCCAGAUGGCUUGAACAGGGUGAAAGGGCUCAAACUCAGAGUGUCCGACGGUACAAGCAAUAUGACAAUAGCGCUUCCCAAGCGUUACGGAGACCUCAAUGAUAAAGGUAUCAGAGCUGAGAUGUGGGAAGUCGAGUCCAAAUCACUGUCGCCUGAAUCUCAAUGUACAAAAUUUAACAAUGUCAAAGAGAUUGCCUUCACAACUACCGCUAAAUACCGCUACUACAAAGUACAGUCGGUAUUCGUGGUCGCUCGGUUGAAUUCGGGCAAGUUUUCUUUACUGGCUGCUUUUGUCGACCCUAUUUCGAGUAAAGCAGUGGAUCGCUUCAACGAACUGCAGUUCAAUCUCUACAAUGACUGUUAGAGAACAAGACAGCAUGUAUUUGUAGUGUUCUUGAGGUCUGUAAGAGCCUGUGUCUGUGUCCGUCCAUGGUAAAAUGUCAAACAAACUUACCAUCUAGCAGACUACUGUUCACAGUUCAGAGAUUCACCAGACGUGACAGUAAAUUAACACUAGCAAUAGUUGUUGUUUACUUAUUUUGUGCCUAGUACAAAAAGUGCUGGUAGACUAGGGUCGUCAAC